UGUGUUUCUUUGGUGCCUGGGAGUCAGCCUUUGAUAUUUGGAGCCUUGCUUGAGGGUAUUUUCAGAGUGAACUCCAGUGUUCCAGAUGAAAAGAUAGAAGUCUGCACAGUAACACUGUCCCCACUCUCCCUCCCACACUGCCAACAAUCGUUUGAAGCACUGUUACUCCCAAUGCUAUUCCUUGCUCCACUGCUGCUAAUCUCCUGGGCAUUCAGGAAAGGGGAAGGACACCGACUGCCUUUCAGAUCCACGUCCCCACUACAUCUGGUGACCUGAAUGCCAAAUCUCAACAAGGUGACCCCCGAGGCUGACAUGUCCUCUUCCAAGGUAUGGGUCACUCUUCUCGCUCUGAUGUGCUUCCAGUGCAGGAUGCUUGCACAUAGCACUGGCAUUUCCAAGAGACAGUUCAUGAACGAGUACUACCUCAGUUCAAACUGGAAUUUCGACACAUACAAGUGUGACGCCGUCAUGCUAAAAAAACGAAUUCCCAGAGACCAGAACUCUCAUGUGUUUGUUUAUAUCUCAUGGUACCAACUCGAACAUUUAUGUAUUCGUAAUCACUGGAAUGACCGCUACAGAAACACAUAUGUGUGGACCCCAAGUCCCAUCAAAGUACUCACGUGUCAUCGGCAGCGUUUCAAAAUUGGAUACACAGAGAGCAGGAGCUUCAACUAUGUUGAAUUCCAUUGUAACAUGGAUGGCUAUGUCAACAGCAUAGAAGACAUGAAGCUGGUAGCGCUUAUAGACACUUAGAGGAUCUACUUUCUCCCUUGAUUUUGGUAGUGAAUUCAAUACUCCCCAAGUGGUGGGCCCUGCCUACUCAGAUAACCCCCGCCUCACCCCACAGAGGAUUUCUAUGUCACUAAUUUCCAGUAACUUCAAGUUACAUGUCCCAAGAUUUCUUGAGACUUAAACUUUGCUUAUGUUGUUUUUCUGCCCAGAAU